UCGAAGGGCCACAGGAUGCCACAAGGGUUUGAGACCGUUUCAGUCCAGAUAGCACUACAUAGCUGAUGGCCCAGUGUCCUUGAGGGUGUGACAUCUCCAAAGCGGCCAUGACCGGGCUCAUCCGGGCUCAAGCCGGAAGCCAUCGCUCCGGGCGAUGAUUCCGAGCUGGGCAGCGAGCGCGGCCGGCUAUGGGACGAGUCCCAAAAUCUCGGUGGAGUUGACCAACAACGAGGGUGAUCCGCCAGCGAAGCAGCCGCCCAACUUCCGAGCAGCACUCCCCUUGUUUGAUUAUCAGCUCCGGAGCUUGGGGUGGAUGUUGGCAAGGGAGAAAGCUGGAGGAAUUCGAGGAGGGAUUUUGGCCGAUGGCAUUGGAUAUGGAAAAACCACUAUCACCUUGGCCUUGAUGGACCACUUGCGAUGCGCGGACCUGGUCGAUCUGCCAAAGCCUCCUAGACAGCUGCUACCUUCACGGGCGACCUUAAUCAUGAUGCCGCCAAACCUUUGGCAACAAUGGCAGGACGAGAUCCAGAAGUUCCUCCCACCCAAGGCCUUCCACGUGCUGGCGGCCGCCGACGGCGGCCAGCUGCGCCGGAUCCCGGUGCAACAGCUGCAGACCGCCGACGUGGUCAUCGUGCCAUAUCCCAUUUUCCGUGGUAGAUCUUAUGCAGCUCUGAAGUGGAGGUUAAAGCACUUCCACUGGCACCGCAUCAUCGCUGACGAAUUUCAUGAGCUCAUUGGCGCAGCCGUGGAUGGGCAGCACCCCUUCAACGAGGCCAAACAUCAGCUGACAGAGUUGGAGGCUACCACUCGUUGGGGCCUCACCAGCACUCCACCCUUCAGAACCAUUGCGGAAGUGGCAGUCACUGCCAGCUUCUUCCAGCAGAAGAUCCAACGAUGCGAGGAGGCCUGCUGGAGAUUUAUUGAGGAGAUGGUUCGACAGAACAAGAACACCAUGGAGCUUCCUGAUGUGGUGCAGCACAAAGUAGAGGUCCUACAGUCCAGACAUGAGAGAGCGUUGUAUUUGCAGCAGGAAAGGGACAGUAACGCUCCCAGCAUCUUGUGGGACUGUGCUUCUUUGCACUUCGAUCAAUCUACGUCCCCGAAGCGUCAACUCAAGUCAGCCGAACAGCUAUGUUUGGAGAUGCUCCGGAAAGAUCGGGAGGAGACCCACCACCUGGACGAGAAGCUUUUUCAGCAUUGCUUGGCCAUCGAGGCCAAGUGCCGCCUCUACCGCCAACUCGUGGAGUGUUUGGUGAUGGCUGCGCAUGACGCGCCACACCGAGAGGACCCGCAGGCACAGAGAAGGCUCUUUCGACAGCUGGGCCCAGGCCAUCACAGCCUCCACGAUUUGAGCUUCUUGGAGCGUGUCAACGCCCGCGGCGACACCAUGUCCGUCUCAGCUGGGAGUGAUGCGCAGCGUGCGGCGCUGGCCACGUGGGUGAAGUGCAUUGAUGAGGCGGCAAAGGAGAAAAAGAUAAGUUUGCCUCCCAAAGGCAGUGGAGACUUGCAGAAAGAUAUCGAGACCGAAUAUUCAGAAGAACUGAAGUGUCUUAAAUUGCUUGAGUCGCAUUUGACACGGGCGCUUUUAUUCGAGAGGUCCUUGGAAGAUGUGGCCGAGUCCUUUGCGUGUCCAAUUUGCUUUGACGAUGUUCCGGUCAAGGAGUGCGGCAUUGCCCCCUGUGCGCAUAAGGCAUGCAUGAACUGUUGGAAUGCCUGCCUGAACCAAGACUGGAGAUGUCCAAUGUGCCGGAGCGAGGUUUUAAAGUCUCGGGUGGUGUCGGUGGAGGUGCCCAAAGCCUUCUUGCAGAACAUGCCGGACACCCGAAGUGUAGUUCAAAAGCUGGGACAACACCACAAUCGAAUAGCAGCCUCAAAGUACAGUAUCUACGGUUCGAAGCUCCAAUGUGUAGUGGAGACGAUCCUGGGAAUUUGGGACUGCGAGCCGGAUGCAAAGAUCUUAGUCUUUUGCCAGUCCGAGGAGCUGCGUUGGCGUGCCGACGACGCCUUCGUGUCCCUGGGCCUCGAGCACGUCACCCUGAAGGGCGACGCCCUGCAACGGGCCACUGCUAUCCGCCGCUUCAGUGACAAGGUGAAUGUGAUGUUACUCUCAAUGGAGAUCUCCCCCAGUGGGCUGAACCUCACCGUGGCACAUCAUGUGAUUUUAGCCCAGCCCACCUGUCGGAUGGCCGAUCAACCCGAAGAAAGUGUGGACUUCGAGGCUCGUGGUGCGCUGAGGUUUCGAAAGGCGGAGUCCGGGCGGAGCGGCGGAGCAGCGGAGCGGCUGGGAAUCAUACUCCGUGGACAGUGGUAACAUGGGCCCGUGGAGUCGGCAUGCGUUCCUUUUGAAAUAUCAGAACUGGACAUGCUGAUAGGAUUUGAGCCCACGGGGUCCAAUAUGGUCCAAUGAACUCACAAUGUCCCAAAUUGGCUGCCAAUUGGCUGCAGACUUUGGACCCUGAAGAUUUGGGCCGGGCCUCGAGGAAAGAUGGAUGGCUUUCAGCACGCCAUGUUCAGGUUCUGUGUUUGUUUAUGUCAGGGUAUGUCAGUUUGGCGGGUUUUCUUGCAGUGUGCAUCAGCGUACUUUGCCCUUUGAUUUGUCAAUACAUGAGUCCUUUGAAGUUGCCAGGAACAAGCGAUCGGAAGAUGUUGGCGCCAGGGUCAGCGAUCCAUCGUGCACGUGUGGCGCCUUUGCAUGCUCGGCACCGUCGAGGAGGAAAUGGUGCACCAACAUAUGGCCUUGUGGACAGACAGACAAAUUCGAUCUGGAAAAAGGCCACAAGCAGUGAAUCAUUCUGCACAAUAGAUGAAAUCUUCUUUCAGAUGUGAUUUGCCUAAUAGGAUACCACAUCCUGGGGCCUCUCGAAGGUCUUGGAAGAUGUCUUUUAAGUGUAGAAGUUCUUUACCGAAUUGGCCGCCGGCAAGUUGCAAAAAUGAGGAGUGUCCACAUCCCUGGAUUGUGGUUGAAUUUCAUUAGGUGGGGGUCAGGGUUUCUUUGUGUAGACUCCUCUGAAAGUAAAAGAGAGGGAUUCCUGAUAGAGGUGAGCCAGACAAUCCCUAAUGCCUGGAGAACGGUGACUACCCCUGCAUCCCUAUACCUUUGAUCUCUGAGAUUUCUG